UCUGUAAUGGUGAAGAACCACACAGGGUCAAAGGUGAAGACAGCGAGAGGUGAAAUUCCUGGAGGGAGGCUGACUGUGCGUCCUUAAUUAACCACCAAACGGUGUCGGUUACCAGUUUGAAGUUGCUCCGUAUUUUUCAGGAAAACACAGCAAAGGUUCAAACGUUGACACUGGAUAUACAUCAGGUUUCAGGGACAGGUUUCGUUGUUUGUGGAAAUAGUUCGGUUUUGGAUUUGGACGGUCAUAUUGGACGUUUGAGGAAGAGGCUUUUCAGGAGGUUUACCUGACUUCGGACAGCAUCAGAUCUGGAGAGACUUUUGAGCAUCCCUUGAGAUGGAUGAGCAGGUUAAUCCGUUGGAGAGAGACCACUCUUUGUCCGUGAUUCUGCCAGGGGGGCUGGAGAAGAAAGCCACAGUGCAUGGAAGUAAACCAGUGAUGGACUUACUUGUGAUCCUUUGUGCAAAUUAUCAUCUGAAUCCGUCAGACUACACUGUUGAGGUCCUUUCCCCUAACAAGAACAACAUCAGCUUCAAACCAAACUCUCCUAUUGGCUCACUAGAAGCGGAGACAAUUGUGCUGAAACCUAAAGGAAUGGAGGAAAAGAUCAGGAGGCCGUACAUGCCAGAGCCAUCUGUGCGUUUGUUGAUCAACUACAAUAAGUCCCAUAAGGCCGUGGUGAGAGUGAAUCCCAGCGUGCCCCUUGAGAUGCUGCUGCCAGUGGUGUGUGACAAGUGCGAGUUUAAAGUAGAGACAACCAUCUUACUAAGAGACCCUCAGUCUAAAGAGCUGCUGGACCUGACCAAGACCUUAAAUGAGCACGGACUGAGGGAAGUGUUUGCGAAAGACACAGCUGCUCAGGAGAGUAUUGACCAUCAACAGCAACCCAAGACACCCGAAGCAGCUGUCACGCCAACAGAGGUCAUCUCACCACCUCCACUACAAGGCCUGUCAAAGAAGAAGACACAGAAGGAGAACAGGGGUUUUCUCAGCUUAUUCAGAAGAAGCAAGAAAAAACCUGAAAUGGAAGGGGCAGCGAGUGCCCCAGUGUCUCCUGGCCUCAAAAAGCAAAUGAGAGUUGGUAUGAAUUCGCAGGGUGUUUCCUCCUCUAACACCCUGCCAGCAGAUAUGCCUAAAAAGAGACGCGCCCCUCAGCCGCCCAUGGGUGCAUCGCAGAGCUUCCCCAACCACCUCGGCACCUGUCAUCUAAGAGGACCACAGGGGUCUUCAGAAAUGAGGAGUACCAAGAGGAGGGCCCCACCCCCUCCCCGUGCAAACACCCUGCAGACAGACACAGAGGUUAAAGGGACUGUAGACUCCCUGAACACUGUGGAGGAGCUGAGAGAAAGUGACGAGUCAGACUCUGUAAUCCUGUCACUAUCCUCGUCUUCAUCACCACAUCCAUCGCAUCCACGGUCGUCGUCCUCCUCACGCCCAUCAUUUGCUUACCUCCAUGAAGUGGCUGAUCCAUAUCUGCCUUCGUUUCGAGGGAAAGACUUAUCUGAUGCCCGCUGUGCUCUCGCCAGAGUCCUGACCUCCUCUGUUUCCAAAGGGACACUGGCCAAGCAUUUGAAGAAUUCUGCCACCUUCCCGAAAUUCUACAAAGGCUCCUCCUUCAUGUCCAUGACUCCGGUGUGUUCAGAUAAUGGGGUUUUCUGUGUGGAACUUGAAACACCCAAGCUUCCCUCUGAGCCUGAGUGGGAGGAUCCCGUACAGAGGAAGAGAAUGACCACGUUCAAAAUAGUUCCCUCAAAAAAACAAAAGUCCCAUGAUCCAGAGCUCCCCCUGGAUGUUUCAGAUCAGAUAACAGUAGAAGAUAACCCUGAGAGUGGAGCGUCUCCUGAGGUCGGGAAAAAUCUUACUGAGGCUGAGGAGGAUCCAUGUUCUCCUGACAGAUCAGAGACUGAAACACCUUUGCAGAGUCCAAAACCUUCUCCUCCACCUUCUCUUGACUUAGACAGUCGGGAUGGUCCAGCUUCUCCUCCACCUUCUCUUGACUUAGACAGUCGGGAUGGUCCAGCUUCUCCUCCACCUCCUCUUGACUUAGACAGCCGGGAUGGUCCAGCUUCUCCUCCACCUCCUCUUGACUUAGACAGCCGGGAUGGUCCAGCUUCUCCUCCACCUUCUCUUGACUUAGACAGCCGGGAUGGUCCAGCUUCUCCUCCACCUCCUCUUGACUUAGACAGCCGGGAUGGUCCAGCUUCUCCUCCACCUCCUCUUGACUUAGACAGCCGGGAUGGUCCAGCUUCUCCUCCACCUCCUCUUGACUUAGACAGCCGGGAUGGUCCAGCUUCUCCUCCACCUCCUCUUGACUUAGACAGCCGGGAUGGUCCAGCUUCUCCUCCACCUCCUCUUGACUUAGACAGCCGGGAUGGUCCAGCUUCUCCUCCACCUCCUCUUGACUUAGACAGCCGGGAUGGUCCAGCUUCUCCUCCACCUCCUCUUGACUUAGACAGCCGGGAUGGUCCAGCUUCUCCUCCACCUCCGAUGGAUUUAGAUAAUCAGGAUUGUCCAGGCUCACCUCUUUCUGAGGGUGUUGAGAAACAGAAGGAAGAGGAAGAACCUGAAGCCACAUCUGAGGUGAUACUAACGGCGCCGUCAUACUGCAGCGAUGGAGAACUUCCCAGUGAUGGUCAAAUCAACUCAGAGGAUCGGAGUGAAUGUCGUCAAAGCCCCGGUGGACAGUCUGUGAGGACAGACACAGACCACUGUAGUUCAUACACUGCUGACAAGGAAGUUGAGGAGGAAUGGGUACAAGAAGAAGUAGAGGAUGGUUUCCCUCCUCCUCCUUCACCUGUCUUCUUUAAUGAAGACAUAGAAGUUCUGGAGGAGGGAAGAAAAGAUACCACUGCUUCCUCUCAGCCGCAAAGUCCUACAUCUAAUGGACAAACUAUUGUAUUCAGUGAGGACCAUCAAAAUGACCAGUCAGCAGCUGGACAAAAACCUCUGGACAAGAUGUGUGCAGCCCCAUCCAGAUUUGCACAAGCAGUAGCGUUGGCCGUGCAGAGAUCCCACCUCCAGAGACAUGGGAAAGGUUUAGGCCCUCAGGCCCCCAGUGGUCCACACAGUACACUUCCCUCACCACCAAGGUCCACAUACCAGUAUGGUGCCUGACUAGCUUCCUGACACACCUUCGAAUGGAAGUCCUUGUUUAGGUUGAGGAAUCGGAGCUGACCGAGGACACCUUACUCAGUAUGCGACCUUAACCAAAAAGGUCAGCUGAAUAAUUUCUAAGCUGACGAACUGCGGCAGUUUUAUGAUGAGAAAAAAAGGACUUUGCUUCUAUGGUCAUCUUUAUUUCUUGUUUCUCUUAUUUUUGUGCAAGACACCUUGUUGUCUCAUUUUAUGUUUUAACUUUAUGUUCACAGGUUAAAGAAACAAUUUUCUGUUGUCAAGUAAGCCAAAUGUACAGGAUGUGAAUUGUUGAACUGACAAUGUCCUGUGUUUGUUUUUGUUUUUUGUUACUUCCUUUUGAAUUUUUCAUUGAAAAUGUGCCAAGGUGGACAGAACGCUGAUGUGAAAGCUUUUUUUGUUUGUGUAAAACAAAAGAAAUGACAGUAAUAGGCUUAUCCUAUGUUUGUGCUGAAAUGUAAUGUCUCCCUUAGGGUGUACAUUUUUUCUGCUUUAACACAUGAAGAAUGCAGUAAAUCUCAUGAACUUGGUUUCAGACUGGUUUUGCUUUUUAGUCACCAGGUGGCAGAAGAGCAUUGUUUCUAAAAUGAAUAUCCUGACAUUAUCCAUUUGUGAGGUCUUCAUCAUCAUAUGAGUUGUGGGUGGCUGUAUCACAAGUGACAAAUUCUGUAUAAUUUUAAGUAAAUAACAGUUAAUACUGUUUCCUAAUUAUGCAGGAGCCAUGAAUGAAAACAUUAUUCAAACAUUCAAUUAUCCAUAAAUGUCUUAGGAUUUUUCUGAAUGCUGUGUCUGUGUAAGUAUCCAUUUCAAGGACAUUGUCUGAAACAGAAAGUACAUGCAAUAUUUAAUGGGGACAUGAUAAUUUACUGCAUUUCCAGCAGCAACAACAACAAAAAAACCUAUCCUUGUUGGAAGCAUCGGUUUCAUGCCAAGCAUCUCAACACCUUCCUGAAUAAACUCAGUCCACUUUG